AUGGAGGAUUCUGGUCCCAAGAGAUACCGUCAACGCAAAGCCUGCGAUCUUUGCCACCAAAAGAAAAUUCGCUGCGACAGGCAAAAGCCCGCCUGUGAAACAUGCCACCUAGCAGGCGAGCGGUGCAUAUUCAGCGUCUGGCAGCCUUCGUCCCGGCACACCCUCCAAGGGCAAUUGGCCGAUGCCAAGGCUCGCAUCCGAGCUCUCGAAGGGACCAUCGCUUUUAGGCCAUCAUGGACUGGGGAUUGCGCCGGCAAGAACUAUUUCCAGAGUCCGUUCGAUCUCAAUGUGGCCAUCGAUACGUUUCAGUGGUACAUACAGUACUGUUGGCCGGGAGUGGCGAACUCGCUGCCCCGGAAUGCCUUCCAUUCUGCUGUCUACUUACAGACUGGUGCCGUCUUUGACCUCCAGCAUUUCCUCCAGGAAGCCAGGCAAACAUUUAUGUCCCAGAAUGCCUUCUAUACAGUCCCUCAGAAGCAAAAAGUUAUACCCCAAUGGCCUAAAGUGGCCUUGGUUCAGCGGUGUAUCGAUUAUUUUAUAAUUAAAGGCCUCUACUCUAUAUUCUCCGUGGUCGACCCUGAGGCUCUGCAAACCCUCAUUGCUAAGAGGACUCUGGAAUAUACCGAAGGAUCGUCUCGAGCAUCCGAUUGGGCUUGUCUGGCCGCUUUUACCGCCCUGAUCGUGCGCUUGCACCCCCAUGAGUUCGCCCUUAUCUAUACCGACCCGGACGCGUAUAUACAAGCCGCCCUCAUGCUGCUGCCGGACCUGUUGAUGGAGACGGCCAAUGUGAGGACGCUAGAGGCUGUGCUUCUACUGACUCUUUAUUUCCUACCCAGCGGCCAACCACAGAAAGCCGAACGAUUCCUCUCGAUCGCUGUAAGAAUAGUCUACAAUCUCGGUGGGAAUCGUGUGACGCCUCCGCGAGAGACCGAGACCGAUCCUAGGAAGCAUAGCCACCUGCGCGCUCUGUUCUGGCACUGCUAUGCGAUCGACAAGGAUAUGUCCCUCCGAAAGUGCGAGCCGCCCUUAAUGCAUGAUAUCGACUGCGACUUGGACCUACCACCAAAUUAUGUACCGAGCUCAGACGAGCAGUUUUUCAAGAAACCAUUAUCCCCAGAUAAGCUCAUCUUCCCUUCCGAUCUCCGCCUGACCUUGAUCAAAGCACGAAUCUACCACUUCCUCUACUCUAAUCACGGACGUGCACAGCCGCAAGCCACGCAGCUGAGGUAUAUCCGUGAACUUGAUCAGGAGAUGAGCGAUCUUAUGGCCGAUUUCCCUGCAGGCUGCCGGCCGGAUGUGCUGGCCAUAGAGAAUGCUCCAGAUGCUUUAUUUCAUGACCUGGGCACGCGUGGCGUGGCUCUUCAUUUAGAGUAUUACUUUUGUCUGGGAAGAGUCCAUGAAGCCAGCAGUGCCUGUGGUAUGCCAUCCACCCACAGCUGGUCUGCGGUGCCAUCAAGCGUGGAACUGUAUCACGAGGCCGCGCGGUCGACCCUUUUGUACACUAGGAGAGUUCCCCAUAUAUUUCCUUGUCAUACCUUCUGGAUACACGCACAGGUUUUAUUGACAGCUGUUCUAAACCUAUUUUGGUAUCUAAUCCAAUAUCCUACAGCCCAGUCAUUUUGUGCAGACCUUGAAAUUCUAGAACAUAUAAGGCAGAUGUUCAUCGGCCUCAUUCGCACGGGCGAUAGUGCAAGGCCCUUUCCGCCGUUCUACAUCACUGAGGCUUUUAUUGGAACACUAAUUGGCCUUGCUAAGCGGUCUUUGGCACGAGCAACUGGAAAAUGA